AUGGGUUCCGAAGCCUCUCCAGAGGUGCGACGUCAACAUGUGACGGAAGCCUACGGCCCUAAACUCGUCGAAAAGACGCAAAAGGCUCAGGAUAAAGCAAUGGCCUUGGCGAACCCGGACGAUCCCGGCAAAUUCCACCUCCACAACAAGGGCCCUGCGGGCGGUUUCGACGACUCGCCCAUUCCGCGCAUGCCUCCGGGCUAUACCGUCAAAUUCACUUUCCACCGCGCAAACAAUCUUCCAGUUUCAGACUUCAAUACGCUGUCGUCUGAUCCCUUUCUUCGCGCGGAACUGCGCGUCGCCUUGCCCAAGCGACAUAAGCAAGAUCCAGAGAUUGCUUUUCGGACGCCCACCAUCAGAAAGGAUGUAAACCCCGUCUGGGAUGCCGAGUGGAUUGUUGCCAAUGUGCCGGCAACGGGGUUUCACCUCAAGUGCCGUGUCUACGACGAGGAUCCUGCUGACCACGAUGACCGGCUUGGGAAUGCCCAUAUCGUGGUGGAUUCGAUAUCCAAGGACUGGGCUGGAAUCAAGGAAGGCUCCUAUCACAUCAAGAAGCGUUCUGGUAGCAAACGGGCCUACUUUUUCAGGACAAUUUCGGCAUCACUCUCUGCGCACCGGAGUCUGAAUGCGGAAUUGGUGGUGAGCGUCGAAGUUCUUGGCCCAACCCCCACCGACAAUGGCGGCCACAUGUAUACACAGGGGCCUAUGUACUGGUUUAAGCAUUCAUCUCCGUUGAUCGGAAGAUUGUUGAAAACGUCGGCGGCCUCUGAGAGCCAGGAUGCAGAAGGCAAGACCACUCCUUACAAUUUUCAGGCCAUUCAGAUGCAACUCAGGGGCCCUGUUCCUGAGUCGCUAUACCACAGAUAUGUCGAGUUCCGGCCAUUUGUUGCGGGCAUGUUUACUUCGCAAAGCAUACGAGGGCGCAUUCUCAACCGCGCUCUGCACCACCAGCAUGCUCGCAUCUAUAAUUUUGACCGCACUACUCUGGAUGGAAAGUUUGACUCUCCUUCUACGGAAGUCACUCAACUUUUCCUAGAUCUCGUGGACCAUGGCCGUGGCGGCCGCAUAUUUACCUAUGUGCUCACUCUAGAUGGUCAUCUUCGAUUUACGGAAACCGGCAAGGAGUUUGGAAUCGACAUGUUGAGUAAGCACACGAUGCACAGUAACGUGUCGAUAUACAUUGCAUUCUCGGGCGAGUUUUUCGUGCGUCCAAAGAAAAAGCACCACCAUCCGGAAGAAUCCGCAGAUAACAACACUCUGGAAGGCGAAGAAAACGAAGAAGUCCUGACUUCCAACCAGGAUUGCGAGGAUCCUGUUGAAUAUGAACUGGUGAUUGACAACGACAGUGGGACAUACCGGCCCAAUGCCGAGAAACUCCCGCUUCUCCGCGAAUUCCUAUCUUCCAAUUUCCCCGGCCUGCACAUCACCACUCUAGACUGUCAGAAAGACGAAGAGCGCAUGAGCCGCCUCAAAGAAGAGCGGCGGGUCAAAAGGAAACAAGCCCAGGGCCAAAUAGUAUACAUGCAGCAGGUGCACGGUUCCGAAUCAUCCUUCUCCAGCUCUGAUGAAGAGGAUAUGCGUCGACGAGUCGGACAGGAAGAAGAGGCGAAAAAACAGCAAGGGAGUUUUGCUCACAACAUCCAUGAGAAUAUCCAUGAGAUGAAAGACGUCAAGGGCAAAUUCCGCAAUUGGCUGGAAACGGCAGACGGAACGGGCAAAGCUCAGGAUAAUGGAAACGGGACAAAGGCUGCAUAA